AUGAAGCAGCUGAAUGGAGUAUCGUUUGACAGAUGUAUUUGUCCACGAGAGAGAGUAGGAUCGCCAAUUCUGUGCGUGUUCGCAGAUGCAUCGCGUGCAGCUUUUGGAACAUGCGCCUAUUUACCGAUUGAAAGUUCUUUGGGAGAAGUUAACGUAAAGUUUAUCGCAGCGAAAUCCAGAGUUGCCCCUUUGAAAGAAUUGACCAUCCCACGUUUGGAACUACAAGCGGCUGUGUUGGCGAGCAGAUUGUGUAAAACGAUCGAGCAAGAAAUCCGGAUCGAGCUACAGGAAACAAUUCGAGUUGGGGAAAUUCGAAGCAAUGUGAAACCUGUCCAAUGGAAACAUAUGCCAACGGAACAAAAUCCAGCCGAUGAUGUAUCUCGUGGGUUAUCUGUUCCUGAUUUGUCCAGACGUUGGUCUAGUGGUCCAGAAUUCCUGCAGCGGCCAGUGAACGAAUGGCCAAACGAAGAUGAGAAACCAGAUCCUGCUGAGGUCGAGCGCGAAUGCAUAAGGAAGAAGACCGUUGGAAUAGUGACAACAGACUACUGA